CCGGCCCUGUCGCGGCUCUGGGGCGGGCGGAGCCAGUGUCCGGGUGGCGCGCGCUGCAGCUGUGGGCUUGGGCACCGCGCGGGCUAUGGCGUCCCCAGCGUCCUCGGCGCCCGGCGGGGUGGCAGUAGUCGGCAGUGGCCUCAUCGGGCGAAGCUGGGCAAUGCUGUUCGCCAGUGCAGGCUUCAAGGUGAAACUGUACGACAUUGAGCAACGGCAGGUAACAUACGCCCUGGACAGCAUCAGAGAAGAGAUGAAGUUGCUGGAGCAGUCGGGCUCCCUGAAAGGCUCGCUGGGCGCCGAGGAGCAGCUGUCACUCAUCAGCAGUUGUUCCGACAUCCGGGAGGCGGUAGAGGGCGCCCUGCACGUCCAGGAAUGUGUUCCAGAAAACCUAGAGCUGAAGAAGCAGCUCUUUGCUCAGCUGGAUGGAAUCGUGGGUGACCAAGUUGUCCUGAGCAGCUCCAGCUCCUGCCUCCUGCCCACCAGGCUGUUCUCUGGCUUGGUACAUGUGAAGCAGUGCCUCGUGGCGCAUCCUGUAAAUCCACCCUACUACGUCCCGUUGGUGGAGCUGGUCCCACACCCAGAGACGGCCCCUGCGACGGUGGACAGAACCUACGCCCUGAUGCGGAAGAUCGGACAGUCCCCGGUCAGACUCAUGAAGGAGGUGGACGGCUUCGCUCUGAAUCGUCUCCAGUAUGCCAUCAUCAGCGAGGCCUGGAGGCUCGUGGAGGAAGGAGUAGUGUCCCCGGGCGACCUUGACCUCGUCAUGUCGGACGGCCUGGGCAUGCGGUACGCGUUCAUUGGGCCCCUGGAGACCAUGCACCUCAACGCCGAAGAAACAGUGUCGUGCAGGAGAUGGCGGCCAGUCCGUCAUUCACAGGGAGGGGCUGAGGGGAAAGUCCACGCGGGCUCCACGCACCUCCCUGUGGCAAGAACUGGGGGGCGGGGGUGAGAUGCUGCCGACACCGCCAAGGACCCUCCAGCCUGAGGAAGGCAGAGCUGUGUUUCCUGAGAACGAUGGUGAAGUGCUUUACAGAGGCAAGAAGAAGAAAUAGGACUGGGGACGUGACCACCGGAACCUCGACUGCACACACCUUCUGCCCAAGUAGGAGCAGCUUCUGGGCGUGUUUGCUGAGCAUGGGUCUCCUUCCAGAAGGCGGGGGAGGCCUGAGGGAGGGGCUUCUGCGGGAGAAGGGCUGGUGACAGCUGCGGGGACAGGCCUGGCUGGCGGCUGCCCCAGAAGCCGACCUCCAGACGCUGGGGGAGUAGGUGAGAGCCAGUGAGCUGGUGACACUGAAAGAAAAAUAACUUGAGAAGGGGAGACUCUCCCAAGAAUGAAACUUUCAGCCCGACUUUAAUCAACUGAAAAAAAGGACAUCAUUUGAAAAACAAGCAAUAAAACCUACAACAAAUUAAGACAAAAAUAAAUCAAAAAAGCUAUGCAUAAAAAUCUGGGAAAAUGUCACCUAAAUGUUAUUACUGCUGCUGUCUUUUGGUGCUGAAAUGAUAAGUAAUCUAUCCUUGUGCUUUUUUAUGUUGUCAUAAAUUUGUACAAUUUUUGUGUAUUGUUUUAAGCAUUAGGUUAUUAACUUGUGAAACUUGAGUACAAAUAGAAAACAAAUGUUGUGUUCAGCUCCAUGGUCUACAUUUAACGAACGUGUUGAGAAACUGGAGCAUAUCCAGAAGAAGGUGACCGGAGUAGUAUGUGUCUGUCUGUCUGUCUGUGUCUUUUGUGGGGCUGGAGCUAGAACAGAAGACCGGAAACAGCCGGAGGAACUUUCUAGAACCUGGAGCUGAUGUGCGGAGAGGCCCUGCUGUGAGAGGGGAGCUGAGGGGCCGGAGGCUGGCGCCCACCUGCCAGACGCUUGGGUUGAGAGGAGACUCCUGCAGUGAGGUCGGGGGGCGGGGGGCCGGAGCAGGUGACCCCUGGGAGUCUGUUGGACAUAGAUUUUAGAGUUCCACGGUGUUUUCCUGUUCGUUCAGUCACUUCUCACCACAGUAAUUGGUGGAAUAUAGUUUCCAGUGAGUGAGUCAAGCAGUUGCCUAGAUGCGUUGGUGCCCGGCUGCACACGUGUGCGCCCAGAAGCAGUUCAGUACGGGAUGGUUCUCCCCGGGGCGGAGCAGGGAGAGGGGCAGCGCUGAGCGUGGGGCUGCGCAGAGAGCAGCGAGCAGGGGUUCCCACGAUCGCUCAUUAAAAUGAAGCCUUGGAAAAUUUCAAAUGUUUUUUUCAACCAGAACCUUAAAAAUGAGGAACAUAUUUAAGCAUUUGAAGUGGACGUAGACACUGCCUGGUAACCGUCAUGUUUUUCUUUUUCUUUCUA